AAGAAACAGAGACAGAGAAGAAGAGAGAGACACACUGGGAAGAGAAGGGCCGAAAAGGAAGAGAAUGGGAACGAGAGAGAGGGAGCGAGAUCGAGAGUUGCUGAUCCCCGUAGCAACAAUCUCUGAAAAUGGAGGCUCCAAAUCCUCCGUCCCUAUUGUUUCUCCUACCGUCACCUCUUCCCAUGGCCGCGAGGCAUUUCUAAAAGUAAUCCGCAGCUGGGCGUCGAAAAAGUUUAUGACAGGAUGUGUCAUACUUCUUCCACUGGCCAUUACAUUCUAUGUUACUUGGGGUUUCAUUCAUUUCGUUGACGGUUUCUUCUCCCCUGUCUAUGAUCAUCUAGGCAUCAAUAUUUUUGGUCUAGGAUUUGCUACCUCCAUCACUUUCAUCUUUUUAGUAGGCGUUUUCAUGUCAUCAUGGUGGGGGGCUUCAGUCCUUACUCUUGGUGAAUGGUUCAUCAAGAAGAUGCCUCUUGUGAGCUAUAUUUAUGCCGCCUCAAAACAAAUAAGUGCUGCAAUAUCACCAGAUCAGAAUUCUAAUGCUUUCAAAGAAGUAGCGAUCAUAAGGCACCCGCGUAUUGGGCAGUUUAUGUUUGGAUUUAUUACUUCCACAGUUGUUCUUCAGAAGGGUAUAGGUGAAGAAGAACUCUGCUGUGUUUAUGUGCCCACAAACCAUCUCUAUCUGGGUGAUAUAUUUCUCAUUAGUUCAAGGGACAUUUUGAGGCCUAAUUUGUCAGUUCGCGAAGGAAUUGAAAUUGUGAUCUCUGGGGGUAUGUCUGUGCCUAAAAUAUUGACCACAGUGGAUGCACCAGGCAUUCCUGCAGCAAGAGUUGUCAAUUUUGAAGCAGCAGUAUGAAAAUGGAUUAACAAUAAUUGGAGUUCAUUUCUGUUUCCUAUCAUAUAUAUAUAUAUGUUGGGCCAAGCAUAUUCUCAAUCAUUCAAGAAAUCAAUCUCUUUGAGAAUGAAUGAAGGGAACAGUUAUGGUCUCUGGCAGGCAUUGGAGUCAGCAGAGACUACAUAGUUCCACCACUCUUGAUAUUAACAUGAGGAAAAGAUAUCCCUUUACUUAGAAAUAUAUAUACAUCGGUGCAAUGGAUGGUAGUUCGCAGUGUUUUGUUCAUAGUAGAGUUUCUUUCCUUCCUCUGUAGCAGUAAAAAUGAUUUUUUUUUUCUUUUUGCCUUAAAAGAUACACUAUUGC